GGCACGUCCGUUCAUGACGACAAUCAGCUCAAAAAAGUGAGACUGAGAGCUCUUUUGUGUAGUUUUUCCCAAAACUUUGUUUUUCUUCCCUCUCUGCAGAUUUCUUUAAAAAAAAUGACUUCAUCCAUGACUCCAGAAGAUUCCAAAGACGACACUCCCUAUCAGGAUGAGGUCAAGUACAAGAAAUCGGACAUAAAAGACCGCGGAUCGUGGACAAAACAGAUCGACUUCUUCCUAACUCUUUGCGGGGGAUCCGUCGGCCUGGGCAAUGUCUGGAGAUUCCCUUAUCUCUGCUACAAACACGGUGGAGGGGCGUUCCUAGUGCCGUAUUUUCUGUGUGUCAUUUUGGGAGGAAUUCCAUUGCUGGUCAUCGAGAUUGGUAUUGGUCAGUUUACUGGACAGGGACCAAUCACAGCGUGGAAUAUGAUCUCACCUCUCUUCAAAGGAAUCGGGGUCGCUUGUCUGGUGGUGGAAUCCUUUCUCAACACGUACUACGUAGUGAUCAUGGCGUGGGGUCUCUACUAUCUCUUCUGGUCUUUCAGGGCCGUUCUCCCGUACUCGACCUGCGACAACGAGUGGAACACGCCCUGUUGCAUGGUAGCGAACGCCGCUGCGAAAGUCAACACGACGUCGAGUGAUAAUGUCACCGUGUACGAGUUGGCCAACGACAUGACGAAUUCAAGGAUGAAUACGAGUGUGGAGUGCGGGAACGAGACGACGUCUCCAACGGUCGAGUUUUGGAAUCGGAAGGUUCUUCAGAUUCACCUAUCCGAGGGAAUUCAUGACAUAGGCAACGUGAACUGGCAUCUUGUUCUGUGUCUCAUUCUCGCCUGGAUCUGCAUCUACCUCUGUAUCUGCAAAGGAGUGAAAUCAUCAGGAAAGGUGGUAUACUUCACCGUUCCGUUUCCAUACAUCCUGCUCACAAUCCUACUCAUACGAGCCGUGACGUUACCCAAUGCAAUCGACGGCAUUAUCUUCUAUCUCAAGCCAGAUCUCACAAAACUCAGGAAUAGUCAGGUUUGGUUGGACGCAGCUACUCAGAUCUUCUUCUCCAAUUCUCUUGGUCAGGGGGUCCUGGUUGCGUUAGGGAGCUACAAUAAGAAAACACACAACUUCGUCAGGGACACACUGCUGUAUUCUGCAAUAAACAGUGCAACCAGUUUGUAUGCUGGGUUUGUCAUCUUUGCUGUGCUUGGGUUCAUGUCGGGUGUGCAGGGGAAAGCAGUUGGUGAUGUUGCGAGCUCUGGUCCAGGUCUAGGGUUCAUAGCAUACCCCGAGGCCAUCACCCAGACACCCCUCUCGACACUAUGGGCUAUUCUCUUCUUCCUCACCCUCCUCUUCCUAGGUAUAGAUAGCCAGUUUGUAUGCGUUGAAGGGUUCAUCACAACCGUGGUCGAUCUCUAUCCCAAAACCCUGCUUCGAGGGUACCGGAGAGAGAUGUUCUGCGCAGCCGUCUGCGCAGUUUACUGCAUCCUAGCUAUCCCCGUGGUAACAAACGGAGGAAUGUAUAUCUUUCAGCUCUUUGACUACUAUUCCUGUAGUGGAUUCGUUCUGCUAUGGAUCGCUAUUUUUGAGUCCACCGUCAUCGGCUGGGUAUAUGGUGGAAGACGUUUCAUGCGUAGUGUAGCUGCUAUGACCGGCAUGGGAUGGAUAACGCGUUACAUGGUUUUCUCUUGGAUGUUUGCAACGCCAUUAUUUGCCGGUACCAUCUUCUUGUAUAGUCUUGUAUCCUACCAGCCGUUGACGUAUGAGGAUGAAUACAUCUACCCGUGGUGGGGGUAUACGAUUGGUAUCAUGAUGGCCGUAGCUUCCAUGAUCAACAUCCCCAUCUUCAUCAUCUACCAGCUCAUCUUCAAGAGUCAGGGCUCCCUGAAGCAGCGAUGGAUCGCCCUUACCACCCCAAGCGUACCAGAUUACGAGACAUCCAUGGACAAAAAAGAGGUUGAACUGCUGGAGUUUGAAGUCCGCUAAACAAUUUCAUGUGAACUGAUAUAUCUAGCUGAAUUUGUUAGAAAAUAAUGGGAUAAUUCGU